AUGGUUUUCUCCAAGGCAAACUUACCCAACUUACGCAGACUUUUUGUAGAAGCCAGAACGGAUGCUGAAGAGAGCACGUAUUCGAGGAAUGCUUUCUACAACAUAGUUUUAUUCAUAUCAUCUAUUGCAGUAUUCAGUGUUAUUGCACAACGUGUCAGCAAGAUUCAGACAUGA